CAAGGCGGUCAAGGACCCCGACAGUUUUCGCUUCGAUGGACAUUGAGGAGCGGCCUCGCAAAGUGCGCAGACUCGCUCCAGCUCCAGAUUGUAUAGCUGGCCAGCUCGUGAGCAAAGCCCGGCUUGGUCGAAGCGGCACAUACGUCCUCGAAUUGGCUGCAUUCGACUCGACUUUUGCAGCUGCCGGCUCAGACAAGUCCAUACGGACAUAUGACUCUGCGACCCUGAAGCAGCUCAAUGCGAUACAAGGCAAAGCCAACGUGACUUCCCUCACAGGGUCCGUCUGGCCAGCUCCCGUGCUUUGCAUGACAUCAGAUCAGGGCGACGCCGUGCUUUAUGAUCUGCGUACGGGCGCGCCAGGCGGCAACCUGUCGCUUAAGAGCGCCCGACCGGGAGCAUACACAUGCGGCGCGUUCGACAGCCAUCAGACGCAGAUAGCAGCAGGAACUGAACUUGCCCUGCACGAGGCGCACAUCGAUAUCUGGGAUCUGCGAGCAGCGGCGGUCGUACAUACCUACACAGAGUCGCAUUCAGACGACAUCACCUGUGUCCGUUAUCAUCCUCACAGACGACACCAGCUCUUCUCGGGAUCGACGGACACGCUCUGGACUUGCUUCGACACGCGCCUUUCGGACGAAGACGACGCCGUGAUAGCCACGGGUAACGAGGGCGCGCCACUGCGGUCGAUGAGCAUGCUGCAAGAACGCUUGGCUUGCUUGACGACCCAAGAGACCAUCUCAAUUUGGGAUCUGGCAGAAUGUGAGGUCCUUGACGAGCUCGGCGAUGUGCGCGGUCAGACAGAGCAAGGCUGGCAAAGCCAUCACGUCAUUCGUGCAGAUGUGACUGCUGAUGCUGUGCAGACAUGGCUGGGUACCGAGUCCGGUGAAUUCGUGGUGGCGAGGCAGAGCGUCGAUGAGCCAGACGCGGUACUCGCCACAUUCAGUGGCAGUCAUAGCGACAUUGUCCGUUGCAUCCAUCACGAUGUCGCCAGUGACAGAGUGGUCUCAGGCGGCGAAGAUGGUCUGAUCUGCAUCUGGAGCGCAAGCAAUGCAAGCUAGCACGAGCGAAGCAGCGCGUUUAUGAGAGAAGUUGCAAUCUACGAUCAGACACAUUGAAGAUGCGCUGCUAAUGUACUAAGUCUUGAU